UUCCUUCCAGGUUUUAUAUUUCUGUUCUCUAGGGAUCUAGUUAUCACAUUUUAAUUAGGUUCUCAUCUGUUGCACAGGACAUGGCAUGACUGAAAACAGUAGCUGUAUAGCCUUUAAUCUGAGAGAUCGGAUCAAGAUUGUCACUUUAUGAAAUCCAGCACCUUUUAACCUUCUCUGAAAGUUUGGACUCGGAGCAUGCACCCUUUAGGUUUGCAAGAGAAUGCAAAUGUGAGCGAUCCUAGUCACGUUGAGCAGCAAUGCAACAGUCGUGUGGUCUUGCCAUGCUCAGUGGAAGAGUAUCAAGUCGGGCAGCUUUUCUCGGUGGCUGAGGCCAGUAAAAACGAGACGGGUGGAGGAGAAGGCAUUGAAGUGCUCAAGAAUGAACCCUAUGAGAAGGAAGGCGAGAAGGGACAAUACACACACAAAAUCUACCACUUAAAGAGUAAAGUGCCAGGCUUUGUGAAGAUGAUCGCACCAGAGGGGGCAUUAGUUUUCCAUGAAAAGGCUUGGAAUGCUUAUCCAUACUGCCGCACGAUUGUGACUAACGAAUACAUGAAAGAUGACUUCAUGAUUAAAAUUGAAACAUGGCACAAACCUGACACGGGCUCUUUAGAGAAUGUACAUGAUCUGGAUCCCACCACAUGGAAGACGGUCGAAGUCGUACAUAUCGAUAUAGCCGAUCGGUCUCACGUUGAACCUGGAGAUUAUAAACAGGAAGAGGACCCAGCAAUCUUUCAAUCAGAGAAAACAGGCCGGGGACCUUUAGGACCGGACUGGAAGAAAGAGCUCUUGGCUAAGCCAGAUGCCCCUCGUAUGUGUGCGUACAAACUAGUCACCGUCAAGUUCAAGUGGUGGGGCCUGCAAACCAAAAUAGAAAACUUCAUCCACAAGCAAGAGAAGAGAAUUUUCACCAACUUCCACCGUCAGCUCUUCUGUUGGAUUGACAGCUGGGUGGAGCUCACCAUGGCGGACAUCCGCCGGAUGGAGGAGGAGACGCAGCGAGAACUGGAGGAGAUGCGUCAAAAGGGGUCCGUACGAGGCACGACAGCAGCUGAAGAUUAGCCGAAUCCUUUUUAGUAACACGAGGCAGGUGGAGAUACUCCCUUCGUAAAACUGGUCAGGUUCGAGGCACCAGUGCUGCUCACGAACAAUGAGGCUAAACUUCAAGAAUCCAACCACGAUGACGCUUGACGAAAGACAUCACCGCAUCCAACCAAACUGGCCAGUGGCGGCGCCGUCCUCCUCCACCAGCAGACCGCAGAAUGACACAGUGAUCCGUAGUACUGUACUCACACACCUGCCGACAGGGUGGACACGCAUCACACUCGACCUGCUUUUAGAUUCACGCAGGUUGAUCCUGUGACUUUUUCCACUUUGUUAGAAACAUCAGAGUAUUGCUGUAUGGUUGUGUUAUUCGAUUUCAGAAACAAAACGACUUCAUUUUGGCAGGCAUCGGACCAAUUCUUUGUUUUUGUUUGGUUUUAUCUGUUUGUAAUGGUUCAGAUCUUUAUUUUCUUGUCUGUGUUUAGUCUUUCACCCAGAUGAAGCACUUCUUUUGGUUCCUUUAAAAUCCUAAUCACGUUUUAAUUAGUAGAUUGUCAUUUCGUAUCAGUGUAGUCCUGCCUUUCUAAGUAAAAUUUGUGAUGCUACUGCACGGCAUGCACCUUUGUGUAAAAACACACGUCCACCUCGCAAAACCUCUGCCGCGAGUGGCUUUUGCAUGAGCUCAGGCAUGUUCUUAAGACACUUCGCGUGACGUAACCCCUCAGGACUCUUCAGGUUCUCCUCACCAAAAUCCAGACUAAUUACCAGAGCAAAUCGCCACUGCUUCUGCUGCUUUCUUAUUUUUCGAGUCGCUUUAGGACAGGCAAAGUGCUUUUAUAUUGCUAAUCUACCUGUAACGCUCUCGGGGUUCCCACGGUCUUGGAAAAUCCUGGAGAUAUCAGGGAAAAAUUGUGAUUUCCAGGCCCGGAAAAGUCUCAGUUCAUUACAAGUGUGCAUACAUAAAGCAGUUUCCCCUCAUUAAAUUAUAAUAAAAUAAAAAAAAAAAAAGCAAAAAUCGUCAUUUCACUAUCAAAGUUGCAAUGCACGUGUACCACGUUGACGUUUAAAAGCUGAAGUGUGAUGAUUCUUGUAUUUGAUCUAUAAAGUUGUAAAUCUAAAUGGCCAUUUCUGAGGUGUAACUACUUUUCCCGGUGGAUCAAUCUCUGGUUACUGACUCCUUUCUGGAAUCCUUGCGCAUAUUAUGCAAAUGUUACUAGUGUUGUCAUGACAACAGAUUUAAAUUCGGUGUCACUACACAGGCACAGGCAGUAAGAGAUUCUAGUGCACAAGUCUCGUGGUUUUAGUGUGCACUUGAAUCUAUUGACCAGCCCUGCAUUAUUUUGCUUUUUAACAAAAACGGACAAUCUGAUAUUUUCUACAAUUUACAUUCUGUCCCCAAAACCUUUCUUUAAUGAAAUCAUAAUUGAUAUAUUUAUAUAGUGAAUAUUGCAUUAUCUGCAAAAUGAUUGAUCAGAACGUGUGGGAACCCUGAGCUCUGCACCUGAAUGUGUGCGUAGAGGCCUCAACAGGCGCUUAGGAUAAAGAGAACUUUAUAAACACAUUUUAAAGAGCUUGAUAUUUGUAUAGUUUCUAUAUCGUACCAGGUCAGAUUCGCAGUCCUCCUCGUCUCUGGCCGUCCUGCACCAGCUCCGAUUAUCCAGCCUUGCAAAAAAAGAGUCUCUGCUGUUUGCACUUGACCCCGCAGUGCAGGGCUGUUUUAUCUCAUUGUUUAUUAUUAACAGGUUUUUAACGUGUACGGUUCUCAGCCCCUGUCGAGAGGAAACCGAUCGGAUUUUUAUCAUAUAUUGUGGCCAGUGCAUUAGUUUUAAUAGUCGGGCUUUCAUGGACCGCUGACGGCCGGAGUUUGCGUAGUCGCAUGCAAACCAGUGCCUGAUGUCUGCAUUGAAACUGCGAUCCUGUCGCACUGUGAUUGUCUAGUUAGAAUUGCACAUUUGUGAUCGUUUUCAAGCCUGAAUGUGGAGUACAACACGGUUCUUCUCGGUUUGCGUGUUUUGUUUCUUAACGUCCCUCUCAUUUCAAGGUCCACGAAUGUUCACGCAAUCAUGCAACCCGUCAGGUUCGGCCUCAGCGGCACCUUUAUGGCAAUCAAGGCGACGUU